UUAACUUCCAUCUCUAAUAACCAGCUGUUAUAAACAAAUUUUUGCUGAAUUUUAUUUGUUUAACGAUAUGAAUAAAAAUUAUGGAGACUACGGAGAUUCACAUUAACAUAAACUCCCAGACGUGCCGCGUCUGCCUGGAGACCCACGAUACCAAUCUAUGCCUCCACGAUGAGAUCGAGUACAACGACCUGAACAUGGAGCUCUGGCAGCUCUUGGAAUCCGUCUCCAGAAUUAAGGUAUCAUGGACGGAUCCGAAUCUGCCCAUGCAGCUGUGCCAAAAUUGCACACGCCGCCUGAUCAGUACAUAUGAGUUCAUCCUGGAGGUGGAGAGCGCUCAGGAGACUUUGCAAAACCUUCACCUGCAGCAGGAGGUGACUGCCAAGCAGGAGGAAGCCCAUGUGGAGGUAGUGGAACUGAUUGGCCAGGAGAAUGUAGUUAAAAUGGAAGAAUUCCUGCCUGCCUCUUACGAAGAGGACCAGGUGGAACUCGAGGAGUUGGGAGACCAGGACACUUCUGCAGUAUUCAAUUUAGAGGCGGAAGGUGAGGCUUUUUACGCCGACGAGGAUCGAGAAGAGGAUAUAGAGGAUUCUGCUCAGCUGCAUUUAUCGCCAGAGGAGCCAGAAAUCAAAGAACUAUCCCAUCCGCGACCUUCCCAGCUGGGCAGCCGUCUUACCCACUCGGACAACUUCAUUUACAAGUGCGCCGUCUGUCCGCGAGUCUUUGCCAAGAGCGAAUCCCUGUCCCGGCAUUUUUCGCACGCCCACCAGCUGACGGCGGACGUAGCCGCUUUGAAUCUGGCCAACGAGAGCAGCGGCACUGGUCUGCUGACCUGUAAGCACUGUCCGCGGUCAUUCAAGCGCCAGGACACCCUACGACGUCACAUGCAGGCAUUCCAUCCGCACGCAGCGGCCUUGGAAACGGACGAAACGCCGGAUAACUCAGCCCGCAAGCGUAUCACCAAGCGGCGAGAUUGUCCAUAUUGUGGCUUAAGCUUUCCCGUGACCACCCUUACCAUCCACAUUCGCCGACAUACCGGCGAACCCUACAAAUGCAGCCAGUGCGAGAAGGCAUUCCCGCGCAGUCAGGAUUUAAGUCUGCACAUGCGUCAACACACCGGAGAGCGUCCCAGCGAGUGCAAGAUCUGCUUCAAGAAGUUUAUUUCGCAAAACAAGCUGGCGCGGCACAUGCGACUGCAUACGGGCCAGCGGCCCUACUCCUGCGACAUGUGCAGCAAGAGCUUUGUGCAAUCCAACGACCUGAAGAUCCAUAAGCGGCGGCACACUGGCGAGCGACCGUAUCAGUGUGGAGUGUGCGGGGAGAGCUUUGUCUGCGGUUCGCAUCUGAAUACCCACCGUAACCGAAAAGGUCAUCAGGAGGCGGUUAUUUCGGGCAUGGGAGCCGAGGGCGACCUUUCUGCGGAUCCCUAUGUGAACGCAAGGGUCAACAAGCGACGAGCGGAGGACAUUGAGCGCAUGCGCCUGAAACGACUUCCCGGCGAGAAAGAGCAGCAGCCAGAGGCAGUGCUUCCCAGCCCGGAGUUGCCUGUCAUGGCCUACAGAUGCGGCGUUUGCGAACAGAGCUUCAAGAGCGGAGCCCUACUGACUAUCCAUCGCAAUAAAAUGAGCCAUUACGAAAUUGGGAGGGUCUACGCCGACCCCUUUGGGGAAAAGCAGAAAAAGCUAGAAGCUCAAUAGGAAACAUAUACUAAGAAACCAAGCUCUCGAAGCUCAUUUAACUUUGCUCUUAAGUGUAUAAAAUGUAUUUAUUUAUACAAUAAUGACCUAGAGUGUAACACCCUUUAAAGGUUUAAUUUUUUUUUUAAUUUUACCUAAGUUUUUAACUUUUUUUAGUUCAGUAUAUAUCUUCAGUAUAUUCCAGAAAUUAUUAACAUAACUAUAAUACACUUUUUUUUUUGAGAAUUCUAAUUAAAAUGGGCUUUGAUAAAAAUGUGUACAUAAAAUAAAUAAUACAACCUCUUAAUGAGAGAGGUCCAUUUUACCU